GUCUGCUGCUGGAAAUUGCAGUUAUAAGGAACUUAUUGAACAUCUCGGCUUGGACAAGAGUGACGUUCAGAUGACGUCCCUACGGCCUGUGCAUAACUGGACAACUCCUACCGUUGUUUUUAUGGACCUGCUUGUGACCUCCAUCACAGAAGUGAAUGAAAAAGCCCAGAGCAUCUCAACACAAAUCACAGUUAUAAAUGGUUGGAACAAUGAGUUCACAGUAUGGAACCGUGAUGACUUUUGUGGGAUCUUUCUCUGUUCAGUUAAAAAAGACAUGAUUUGGACUCCAGACAUCAGCAUAAUUGAAAGCAUCAAGACAGAGUUUGCAACAACAGAGAGUCAAUAUGUGCAGUUGCUGGAUCAAGGCAUUAUUGUCACAUCUAACACUUUAGCCCUGACCACGGCCUGCAAGAUGAAACUGGACCAGUUUCCCUUUGACGUCCAAAGCUGCAACUUUACCCUUCAGUCUCCAAUCCAUUCAAGCAGGGAGCUCAUGAUCAGACCUUUCUCUGACGCAUCAUUCCUGACCCUCAACUCCAAGAAGGCCUUUCAGACUCAGGGAGAGUGGGAACUCCUCAGUAUAAAUAUUUCUAUUGGCAAUGCCUCUACUCUAGGAGAAGACCAGGAUCAGCUGAUAUAUACGAUCACCAUGAAGAGGAAACCGUUCCUGUAUGUCAUUAACUUUCUGAUGCCAGUAUUUUACUUCCUUGUGCUGGAUUUGGCCUCCUUCUUCAUCGAUUCAAGUGGAGGAGAGAAGCUUAGUUUUAAAGUAACUUUGCUUCUGGCUAUUUCUGUGUUACUGCUGCUUCUUAAAGACAUGCUGCCCUCUACUGCCAAAGAUGUCCCACUGAUUGGCAUUUAUUGCGUUGUCAUCUUCACUCUCAUGGCCAUCAGUGUUCUGGAGGCUAUUUUUGUGAAUUUUCUGAUGGCUAAAGGAAAUCAGACAGUUUCAAUAGCACCAGUGGAAAGCACAUCUGCUCUUUCUGAUACCGUAAAGGACACAAAUGCCCAUUCAGACUCAAUUGCAGACCACAAUGAAGAGCGGCCGUACACUCUUAACGCUCUGAAGCAGAUCCUCAUGGAGUUUCAGGCUGUUGUUCAUCAAAACCAACAAGAGAGGAAACCCUUGUGCUGGACCAGAGUGGCAACAAUAAUAGAUGUUAUCUUCUUUAUUCUGUACAUAACCACUGUCAUUGUGUUUCUGGUGUUACUGUUCAAGGAUUGGUUCUCUAAGACUUGAGAACAAGCACCCUGCAAUAAAGCAAUAAAACCCCCAUGCAGAGAUGGGUGAAUAUCUGAAAACACUUACACAUCACUGUGUGUAUAUGCAUUUCUUUGAGCAAUUGAUGUUAUGCAUUUAUUAUUUCUGAAUUGGCUUCUAAUUGUCUAACUAUGUAAUUGGCAUGAUACAUUUUUACUUGAAAAAUAAAUUCUUGAUUUAUUCUGCA